AUGGAAUCCCAGUACACCAGCCUCGCAAGCACAAUCACACAGCUCGCCUCAUCGCACUCCAAAAGCCGGUACAUCGUUGCCAUUGCCGGCGCACCUGGGUCAGGGAAGACAACACUCGCCACGGCCGUCGGUGCACAGAUCAACAGGGCCCGACAAGUAACAGCAGAGAAAGGGAAAUCGGGUGACAGCAUUCCCAAGACAAUGGUUCUCUCCAUGGAUGGCUUUCACCUUCCGCGCUCGGCGCUGGACGCCCUCCCAGAUGGCGAGCGCGAACAGGCAUAUAUCCGUCGCGGAGCGCCGUGGACAUUCGACGUGAAGGCAUUUUCUGCGUUUAUGAAGAGGCUAAGGGAAUGGGCAGAUGGAGGUUUACCACCUGGAGAGAAACUGUAUGCGCCGACGUUUGACCAUGCCACGAAGGAUCCUGUUGCUGGCGGUGUGGCGAUUGAUAGCGAUGUCGGGAUUGUGAUUGUGGAGGGCAACUACAUUCUGCUUGACGAGCCGGAGUGGAGGGAUAUUGGGCAGCUGGUGGACUAUCGUGUAUUUGUAGAUGUUGACCUGCAGGAGGCGAGAGAGAGGCUGGCCAGGAGGCAUGUUGAGGCUGGGAUUGAGCGCUGUUUGGAGGAUGGGUUUGCGCGGGUGGACAAGAACGACUAUCUGAACGGAGUCAUGGUGAAGGAGAAGCUGGGGAAGGUGGAAUCAGUGGUGAAUAGCUUGCGCGAGACGAUGUAG